GAGCCAGUGGAGCUAAAUGGACGUCUAACUUAGAACUAUGAAGCUCACACCGAAAGAUAGCGUGACUGUUACUAGAUAGCGUGACAGACGUUGUAACUGUUACUUUGUAUCAUGCUAUAACUGGGUAGCAUGUCGAUCUGUCUCGCUUUCAGACGGGUCUCAGUUUCUUCAUUAAGACAAGUAAGAAAAACUCACUUGUCCUUGAUGGCCAGCAUGUCGACUUCGAUGAAGGCAGUUGUGAUACAUGAGUACGGUAAUUCUAGUAAACUUAGCUACGAAGAUGUGCCAAUUCCAGAACCAGGACCUGAUGAGGUCCUAGUUAAGAAUCAUUUUGCUGGUUUAAACUUCAUUGAUACUUAUGUCAGACAAGGAAUCAUGAAACUAGUACAACCUGGAGGAAUCUUGGGAUUUGAAGGAGCAGGGACAGUAGAGAAACUGGGUUCUGGUGUUCAGGGCCUCUCUGUAGGAGACAGGGUUGCAUUUGGAUUUAUUGGCUCAAAUGCCUAUUCACAGUACAGCAAAGUUGGAGCCAAAUAUGCUGUUAAAGUGCCUGAUCAGCUUACCAUGGAGCAAGCUGCCAGUACCUUAUGGCAGGGGUUCACUGCACAUGCGUUUGCAUGUUCUUCUUAUCCAAUCAAAGCUGGAGACAAAGUUUUGGUUCAUGCAGCUGCUGGUGGAGUUGGAAGCUUGAUUACUCAGAUCGCAAAGAAUACAGGAGCUUUUGUGAUUGGAACAACCAGCACUGAGGCCAAAGCAUCAAAAGCGAGGGAGGCUGGUGCUGAUGAGGUCAUUCUUUACUCACAGAAAGAUUUUGUUGAAGAAGUCAACAGGAUCACUGAUGGAAAAGGGGUGAAUGUUAUUUAUGAUGGCGUUGGAAAAACAACAUUCCUCAAGAAUUUCGGUUGUCUGGCACGUCGAGGAACCGUUGUUUUAUUCGGUGGAGCGUCAGGUCGCCCUGAGCCUCUCGAUACCGGCGUGCUUGCCAAAGGUUCCUUUUACGUCACAUAUGGUGUCAAUUUCCACUUUGUGGAGGAUCCAGCUGAAUACAGCCAAAGAGCCACAGAGCUUUUCACUUGGUUGACUGAAGGAAAACUCAAAUUUAGCGGCGGAAUCACAGUGGUUCCCUUGUCUGAUGUGAAAAAGGCCCACGACAUGUUAGAAGGAAGGCAGACAACAGGGAAAGUUCUCCUGCAGCCGUGAUAGAUUGUGAAAAGUUGGAGACUGUAAAUUACUCGUAGAUUAUUUUCCUAUGUGAAAUACGUAGUUGUACGUAGUUUAAACUGACUGCAAAACGCAGUCAGCUGUUAUUUUCAGAAUCUGAUAUCUUCUUUUGCAUUCAGGCUCGUUACUGGGCCAUACCGAUCAAGUACGAAUGCUCAUGCGUGCUUUCAGAAAUCCAAAAAUGUUGCAUACUGUUGAGCGGCGAAAAGCUAAGCAUCUCAAAAAAGAUUACACAGGUCGAGAAACCUUGAAGACUUCGGAAGUUGUAAGAUACCACAAAGAAAAAAUAUUAAAUAGAUAAACCGUA